AUUGAUGACAAACCAAAGAUCAGUGUGACAUGUACUCGUCGCAGCACACAUUUGUUCUCCUCUGAUCUCAUCCUCACCUGGAAAAAGGCAUAGCAAGUCUUCAUCAUCGCUUGGAUUGCAGAUACCCAUUGAGACGUAUUCCUGUCCAUCUUCUUCCUGCUUGACUUUUUCUCAGAAGUAUUCCUCAGGAGAAAUCUUGUUGGCUCCUCUUCCAAGUGACAUGAUGGUCGUAUUAGGUGUCUGAGAUGUAAUGAUAGGAUCAGUUUCGUAGGUUGUCACGUAGAGUCUGCUCUUAUCUAGUGGCAUGUUUCUAGUAGUGGAUUGUAUAUUAACUUGGUGUACAACAUGAUGGAUUAUGCUGCAGCUACGGGUAAUUACUACCAGUGUAUGGACUUAUCGACUAGGGCGCUGUCGGUCCAGGUCCAACCAUCAUCGCCUCAGUAUCAUGCAUCUGACUCAUCUAACAAAAGAAAGAGGAAGCUGGGAAGAGAUUCUGAUGAUGAAGACAGCCAAGAAGGUGUGUUUGCCCGAGAUGCAGAUCAAUCUGAUAAGGAGAGGUUUGCCAGUCCCAAGUCACUGGAGGCUCGAGAGAGCCACUGCGAAAUUGAAAAACGUCGCCGACACCGGAUGAAUAAUUACAUGAAAGAACUUUGCAGCAUGGUAUCGGCUGAUGGGUCCCUUGGCCGAAAGCCUGACAAACUCACCAUUCUCACUCAAGCAGUGGCUCAUAUGCAGAGUCUCAGGGGUACUGGUAACACAGGGACUGACGGCACAUACAAACCAUCCUUCCUCACCGAUCAAGAGCUCAAGCACCUGAUUUUGGAGGCAGCUGAUGGUUUCCUGUUUGUCGUGCAAUGUGAUACCGGGCGGAUCAUCUAUGUGUCCGACUCUGUGGUACCCGUCCUCCAUCACUCACAGAACGAAUGGUUCAGUCGCACCAUGUACGAGAUGGUUCAUCAAGAUGACGUGGACAAGAUCAGAGAGCAGUUAUCGACCGCUGAGUCGUCAAAUACUGGCCGUAUUCUCGACCUGAAGACUGGUACCGUUAAGAAGGAAGGUCAUCAAUCUUCGAUGAGACUGUGCAUGGGAUCACGUCGGGGCUUCAUUUGUCGUAUGAAGAUGGGCAAUGCACACAUCGAUGCAUUGACUGCUAAUCAUACUGUACGGGCGCGCCAGAGAAACACGUUAGGAACGUCUCCUGACGGACAGCAAUACGCAGUCAUCCAUGUGACUGGUUAUAUUAAGAAUUGGCCUCCUUCGGGUAAGAAAUAUGCCGGUGUCCAAAUUGAACGUGAUUCAGAAGAUUCAGGUAGCCAUUGCUGUCUUGUUGCUAUCGGUCGCCUCCAGGUGACGAGCACCCCCAACACCAGUGACCUGGGCUCCUCCUCCCCGAAUGAAUUCAUCACCAGACAUAACCAGGAAGGGAAAUUCACGUUUGUUGAUCAGAGAGUGACAAAUCUCCUGGGGUAUCAACCACAAGAACUUCUCGGUCAUCUUAACACAGACUUUGUUCAUCCUGAUGACCUGUCAUUGAUGAAAGAAACAUUCCAAGAUGUCAUAGCUAAGAAAGGACAAGUAGUGACGAUUGUCUACCGUUUCCAGCCAAAGAUAAAGAAUCCUCAUGAUCCCUAUGUUUACCUUAGGACGAGUAGCUUUAGCUUCCAGAAUCCAUACACUGAUGACAUAGAGUAUAUAGUGUGCACCAAUUCAUUAAACAAAAGCAGUAGUCAACAAGGUGUGAUUGAGCAUGGGCCUGAAGCUCAUUCCUUGGGUGGUCAGUUCCCGACGGCCCGCACACUCGGCACUGAUGCUACUGCUGACCCGAGAUACGCCGAGAUGUAUCGAUCAGCCAUGAACAGGGGCCCGGUGGUCACACAGAGCCAGCAAGUAGCAUACAACUACCCAAGGGGAAAGUACCAGUCAGCUAAUGUCCCAGCGUCUACGGGCACCGUCUUAUCAAAUAUGAUGACAAACAGGAAUCCAAGUCCUGGGAACAAUCCUUACCCUCAGAGCUCUUACCCUCAACAACAGUCUAGCACAGAUUAUGAGUCGGGAUCUUCAUUCAGCCAAAUGAGUCCUUCAAACUCACCAGCUGGUCCCACUUAUACGCAGCUCGGCGGGCAGCGGGGUUCUGCCCCACAGGCCUCAUCCUACUCGCAUGCAGUCUCUACUGCCGGUGCACAGGGUAUUUGGCCGCAGUGGCAGGGUGGAGCGGAGGGCUCUCAGGGACAGCAGAGCCAGGUGCAGUCAGUCCAAGCACAGGCAGUCCAACAAGGUCAAGCUCAGCCGGGACAAUCACAGGAAGAAUUCUCAGACAUGUUACGCAUGCUGGAUCAACAGGGAACGGAAUUCUCCGAUCUCUCCAUGUUUAAUACAUUUCAAGAGUAGGUGCUGUCUGCUAUAGGAAAAUUUUAUACAUUUUCUAUUUGAAUACUCAUAUGGGGAAAGAUCUAUUCAUUUGUCAAAGUUUUACACAUGUAAACAUGUAUUAGAGAGUAUGGACACCUUCCAGACUGAUAGUUGCUGUCCUUGAUGUAGGAAGGAAGGAAUCCUGACUACACAGGUCAAAUUGUUAUAUCGCUACAUGAUAUAUAUUGGCCAUUAUAGUUCACCAUUCUAGGGGUGGUAUCAAGUAAGAGGAUGGACGAGUUUUUGAAAAAGUUGAACUGUUUUAAAACUGGAUUAUCUUAAUUCAGCGCUUUGCAAUGAACUUUUGAGAUAUUACGUACAUAUAAUGUUUGUACAAGAGACUUGUACAUGUAUUAUAUAUGAUAGAUGAUAAUUGUUGUAUAAAAUCAGUGUUGUAUAUAUUUGAAAUUAAGCUUUUCUGGCCACAUUACUGGUCUUAUAAGUAUAUGGUGUUGUCCCUGUGUAAAUGUCGUUUAGACAGACUGUAAACCAGAAUUACCUGUCUGGUGUACAAUUCUCCAGGACCUGUAUUGUCUAGCUACUUGAGCUAGUAUUCUAAAAGGUACAUGUAUUUUCAUAUUUUCUGUGAAACCUAUAAACAUAAUGACUACUGUUUCAUAUAACUUUGACGUUAUCCUUCCAGUGUGUUAUAUACAGUCUUUGUUGGUGAUGAAGCAGACAAGACUUAAAAGAAUGCAAUGCCAAAAGAAUUAAGCGCUGUCAAAAUAAAUACCAAAUUUUCUUUCUUCACACUUUGCCCGAAACGUUCUUCACGAUGACAUCAUGGCACCUCCUUCAAUGUCCUCAGACUGUCAACAUAAAACUCCCUCUUGCAAAGUAAACCUCCGAAGUCAUCAGUUUCUCACCUGUACGUGUAGAGCAUGGCCUUACAUUUCCUGCAGGGUGUCGAGAUCGUGUAAGCAUUUAUAUUAGUACACUAAAGUGGUCAUGUUAUGAUAGUUUAUAAAUAUAAUAUCCUAGACAUGAUUUGUCCUCUGAACCUUGGGAGCUUGAUGGCUAUGGAACUGGAGUUCGGCAAUAUGAUCAUUUGGUUUUCAAUCUUAAUGUCAUUUUUUAGUUGUCCAGGAUGUCUGCCAGAGUAUUAAAGCUACAUGUACAGUAUUGGCAUAUUUACUUGGCAACUAAGAAAUGGAAAAAGGUUGCAUUGUGUCAUCAUGUUUAUUAUAUUUUAUGUAGUGCUUCAUCAAAUCUUGCUAUAUUGAUGUAUGAUUUUUAUGUAGAAGUGUCAAAAAUAUCGGUAAAUUCUUGAAAAAAAUAAGCAUAGAUAAUAAAACUCAUGUCACUCGUACACGUCA